UGUUUCUAGAAUUGGGUUGUCUAAUCUAACGAAAAAAAAAAAAAAGAGACCAAUAACGAGACUUAGGGAGUUGGAAAAGCAGCAGCAAGAACGGUGGUCACUGGUCAGCAAGACGAGUAGAGUGUCGUUUGAUGGUUGGGAAGCUGAACGCAGCACUUGAAUCGGAGGAGAAAAGACUCAAAGAAGACGCAACUCAAUCAUCCAAUCUAAGUACUUCAAUCAAACCAAACCAUGUCCACCUCUGAUCCCAACAAGUUGAUAACCAAAGCUGAUAAGCUAACAAAACUCAGUUUCACAAGGUGGACUGCGGAUUGGAAAAGUGCUACAGUUCUUUAUGAGCAGGCUGCUAAUGCAUUUAGACUUGCCAAGGACUAUGAGAAAGCCAAAACAGCAUAUGAGAAAGCUUCAAAAGGACAAGAGAUGCUUUCUUCACCAUGGGAUGCCGCUAAGCACAUGGAGUCUGCUGCUGCGUUAGCAAAGGAACUAAGCAACUGGAGAGAAGUUGCCGAUUUCUAUCGUAGGGCAUCUGAAUUGUACAUCGAGUGUGGGAGACCACAGCCUGCAUCCGACGCCCUUGCCAAGGGAGCCCGUGCAUUGGAAGAUACCGUGCCUGAAGAAGCUAUUCAGCUAUAUACAGAUGCUUGUACAGUUCUUGAAGAGGAUGAAAGAGAACAAAUGGCUUUUGAUUUGUAUCGUGCUGCAACCAAUGUUUAUAUAAAACUUGAGAAAUAUACAGACGCUGCAUCUCUCAUGUUGAAAUUGGGCUUGGCAGCUGAGAAGUCUAAUGCUAUCAAUAGCCAAUUCAAGGCGUAUCUUAGUGCGGUUAUUAUCUACCUUUAUGCUCAUGACUUUAAGCAAGCAGAGAAGUGCUACAAUGACAUUUCCCAGGUUGAUGCUUUCCUCAGCAGCGACCAGAACCGUUGUGCUAGCAAGCUUCUUGCUGCUUACACAGAUGGAGAUGUUGAAGAAAUCAAACGUGUUGCUCAGUCGAGCACUAUUUCACAUCUUGACCAUGUGAUCAUUAAGCUUGCAAGGAAACUCCCAACAGGCGAUGUGAGCGCACUAAAGGGCGAAACUGCUGAAGGGGAAGAAGCACCACUUGAUGAAAAUGAUCUGACAUAAACAUCUAAUAGACUAAUAGCUUUUUAAAAUAAAUAAAUAUUAUUAUUAUAACCUAUGUCCAUUUGUAGAAGAGAUGAAGAUCUCCAUUUAUUUGUUCUUUUGUUUGAUAAAUACAUCAUAUUGUGUACCGGUACAUGUGGAAUGCAGGUAUAUUCAUUUGGCUGAGUA